AACGCCCUCGACAUGCACAUUGCAUGCCCUACUUUUGCCCUAGCCCUGAAUUCUGGUGCCCACACGGGGCACAUUGUCAGACAUAUAGCGCAACUGACCCUGCCCUUAUACCUCACAAUUCACCCUGACUUUCCCCUCUUUCUCGUAUUGACACGAAGCCAGUCAUGUCUCUUCCCCCGCUCGACAUCGAAGCCUGCCUGCAAGAGCUCCCGCAGUACGCAAGUAUCGCGCUCCUCCGCGCCGGGGACAUCCCCACUCCCCAAAAAGCUGCGCGCAUCCUCCACCUCCUCAACGCGCUGUGCGGAACCCGAAUCCACCCUCCAGUCAAUCUUGCCGAUCCCGUCGAUCCCACCCAGUCACAGCGCGCCGAGAGGGCAAUCUCCCUCUGCCGCGCCGCCCUCGCCCCCGGCGAGGCGGACGUCAGCGCGACGCUGAACUUCGCCGCCGUGUGCUUCUGCUGGCGCGAGGUCGCGCUCGCCAUCCUGCAAUUCUGGGCGAACAUCUGCAUGACGCUGGAUAGUCGUGCGGGCCCAAUCACAAACCGCCUCGAGAGGUCGGCGGGCAAGCUGCGCAGCGUGCAGAUCGCUUCGGGCGUGCAGGUCGCUUCGGGCGUGCAGGCUCUUUUGGACGGGAAUGGCGCGCCGAAUGCAGAGGCGCUUCGCCUGGUAAUGUCGUCCGCGUCGCAGUGGCCGAGGCUCGUGUUGCCUGACUUCGAUCAAACGAUGGGCGCUCUCGACGCCCACUGGCCCGGCUACUUCCCCCUCUUGAUGGUGCUGGACCUCUACUGUGGCCACGAAGUAGCCAGGGCGGUCCGAUACUUCGACAACGCGCCCAUGCUGAUGAUGCUCAACCUUCAUUUCCUCUCUAUCGAUGCACCUAUCGAGUUCCCUGCAUCCUCGCGCCUCAUGAGUCUCGAGCUCGACUUCGUCGCGCCUACCAUCAUGCGCCUUACCGUGCGCGUCGAGGAAUCCGGCGGCCACGAUCAGGAUUACGACGGCCUGAUGUGCCCCCAUCUCUCCGACCUGUCUCUCGUGCAUGGCGCGUGCUAUUUGUCCGCCUAUAUCGUCGCGCCCAUGCUGGUCAAACUUGCCAUGAAGGGGCAAGGUCUUCGCGCCGGGCCUGAACUGUACCUUCGCUCCGCCAUCAUCCUCGUCACCCGUCCGCAGGGUGUGCGAUACCUUCGCAUCUUCGAGAUUGAGGGGAUGAAUCCCCAGUCACCGGAGUGGAUCGUCGACUGCUUGUCGAGCAUGCCGAGCCUCUCCAGCCUCAAAAUCAGGGACGAGUCUCGCCCCGACGGGACGCAGGUCGUCGUCACGCUGGAAUUGCUCAUAAUGUUGACACGCACUCCCGAUCCUUACAGGCUUGGCUUCCUGCCAAUGCUUACUGGGCUGGAGCUGAAGUGCGGUGGCAAUGCAGAGGUCAUGUACAGAGACCUUGUCAGGAUUCUCAUCAUAACGAGGCGGCAGUAUGUCGACGCGAGUCUCGCACCCCUGUGUUAUGUCGACACGGACCUUCCCCUGGGGGCCGCCUGGGUGAACAGCCCUUUGCCGUACUGA